AUGUCGUGGCUCAGCGCUUCUAUUGCCAACCAGAAGGAGUGUCUGGAAGGCUUAGAGUUGACGAGGGGAGACUUGCGCCAGAAGGUGGAGGCAGCGAUAGUAAACUCUAGGGGUCAAACGAGCAAUAGCCUAGAGGUCGCCGCUGGGAUUAUGGGGGGCCAAAGGCAGAAAACAAGCGACGUGGGACUAUUUUCUGAAUCGGCGUCGACGAUGCAGAGGAUGUUUAAGUUGGGGGCGAAUUUGAUCGUGGCGAAGGAUGGGAGCGGCCACGUGGGAAGCAUACAGGAGGCGGUGAACUUAGUGGUCGAUGAGAGCUUAGGGCCCACCUUCAUAUACGUGAAGGAGGGAAUUUACGAGGAGAAUGUGGUGGUGGAAGAAACGAAAUGGAACGUUUAUAUGAUCGGCGACGGAAUGUACAGCAGUAUCAUUACAGGCAACCGCAGCUCUACUGAUCCUGAAGGCUACAUCACCAGUUGGACGGCAACGCUUUUUGUCUCAGGACAAGGUUUCGUUGCAAUAGACAUGGGCUUCCGCAACACGGCCGGCCCAGAGCACUUCCAAGCCGUAGCAGCUUUCUCCAGCUCCGACAGAUCCAUCUUCUUUCGCUGCUCCUUCGACGCAUAUCAAGACACCCUUUACGCCCACAGCAACCGGCAAUUCUACCGUGACUGCGACAUCAUCGGCACCAUCGACUUCAUCUUCGGCGACGCCGCCGCCGUCUUCCAGCGCUGCAAUAUCUUGCCCCGCGAACCACUGCCUUUCCAGUAUAACACCAUCACAGCUCAAGGCAAAGAGCAGCCGGCUGAGAACACGGGUUUCUCCAUCCACGAAUGCAUUAUUAGGCCCUACGAAGUUGUUACCCGCCCAACAUACUUGAGCCGACCGUGGAGAAAUUACUCCACCGUUGUGGUCAUGAAGACGGAGAUGAGUUCAGUUGUUGAUCCGGCGGGUUGGGUGCCAUGGGAAGGCUCCGUUCCCCCUGAUACGAUCAAUUUUGCUGAGAUUGAGAACACGGGCCCGGGGGCUGAUAUUUCUGGCCGGGUUUCUUGGCCCGGUUGCAGGCCCGCUAUUAGUGAAGCGGAGGCGAGCAUGUAUACAGUGGGUGCGUUCAUCAAUGGGGCGGAGUGGAUACCGCUAGCAGGCGUGCCAUUUGAUCCGAAUUUCUAG